AUGUUCAAAAGUAAAAGAUCUAAAAGUAGGAAUAUUCGACAAGAGUUAGAUUUUAUUAAUAAUCUAUAUAGUAAUGAAAACAAUACACUUCCAACUAAUAAUCAUGGAACAGUGGAAAUAAAUGCGUGUACGGGAAAAGACAUUCAAUUUGAUAAAAUAAUUAAUUUGCCAUCAACAUCAACUAGAAAAAAUAAUAACAAUAUUUCUCCCCACUUGGCAAAUUCUACACCUUGUGCACAAGAAACUAUAACUUCUGCUUCUCAGUUAGACAAUGAAGAAAAUGAAGAAAAUAAUUUAUAUUCUUUUACAAAUGCCAGUGAUAUAAAUAAUUCUUUUAAAGAAAAAUUGGGAAUUUGGGCAGUAGAAUGUAAUGUUCCAAAAACUACAGUAAAUAAGUUGUUGAAGUUAUUGAAAAGACAAGAUAAUAUAAAUACACAAGAUUUGCCAAAUGAUUGUAGAACACUUUUAGUCACACCAAAAUCUACGGAACGAUUUAUUCGUACCGUAACUCCAGGGUCAUAUUAUCACUUUGGUUUGGCAGAAGGAAUUCGGCGAUAUGCUAUAAGUAGUUUAACAGAUAUAAAAAUUGCAAUUGGCAUCGAUGGCUUACCCUUAGCUAAAAGCAAUAAUAGUCAAUUUUGGCCUAUUAUGGCAUAUAUUGUUGGUAUGGACAAAAAUGUAUUUCCUGUUGGCAUUUACUUUGGAAAAUCUAAACCGAAAGACAGUAAUGAUUUUUUAUUAGAUUUUGUUGCUGAAACCAAAGAUCUGAUAACAAAUGGUAUAGAAAUUAAUGGCUGUAUUAUAAAAGUGAUAAUUUAUAGUUUUGUUUGUGACGCGCCGGCAAGAUCGUUUUUAUUAAAAACGAAAGGUCACUCAGGAUAUUCUUCUUGCAACCGUUGUAUUGCAGAAGGGGAAUAUUAUCAAAAUCGUAUUUGUUUCCCAUAUUCUGAUAGUAAAUCUACUAAAAGAACACAUGAAACAUAUGAAAAUAUGACAUAUGAAGAACAUCAUGUAGCUGAGUCUAUUUCAAACCUUGUUGAGUUGCCAGGGAUCGAUUUGGUUCAUACAUUUGCACUUGAUUAUAUGCAUCUUGUUUGUCUAGGAGUAGUAAAAAAAUUGAUAAUGUUGUGGUUACAUAAAGGACCAUUGAAUGUUCGUAUACCCAGUCGCAAUGUACACAAAUUAACAGAAGCAUUAUUGGCUGUCAAAUGUUAUAUUCCAUCAGAUUUUGUGAGAAAAACCAGAGAAAUUCAAGAAAUAUCCAGGUGGAAAGCUACAGAAUUAAGAUUAUUUUUAUUGUACGUGGGCCCUAUUGUACUUAAAAAUAUAAUUAAUGAUGAUUUUUAUAAUCAUUUUAUGUCGUUAAAUAUUUCUAUGAUUAUAUUGCUCAGUCCAAAUCUUCAUAACUAUGUACCAUAUGCCGAAGAACUUUUAGAUUAUUUUAUAAAAACAUUUGAAAUAUUAUAUGGUCGUGAACACAAUUCUCAUAAUAUUCAUGGUUUAUCACAUUUGUGUGACGAUUUUAAAUAUUAUGGCCCUCUUGAUAACUGCUCUGCAUUUCCUUUCGAAAACUAUAUGAAAGAAUUAAAAUCUAAAAUACGAAAACACGAAAAACCACUGGAACAAGUAAUCAACCGAUACUCAGAAAUAUAUAGUCAAAAGUCGUUCAUUGGGUCAUUUAAAAAUACAACAAAUCAUCCAAUAUUAUUACUACCUCACAACAAUGGUCCUUUAAUCAAUAAUGUUAAUGGAUGUCAGUAUAAAAAAAUGAUCUUAAAAAAUAUUACAAUAAAUACAAAAUUUGAUAAAGAUAGCUAUGUUUUAACAACAGAUGGAGAAGUUUUUAAGUGUUUAAAUAUAGUUCAACAAAAUAAUGAAACAGUAUUGAUUGGAAAACAUUUUACAACAAAAAAAUUGUUUUAUGAGAAACCAACGGAUUCAACAGAAUUUGACAUAUAUAUUGUAGAAAAUCUAUCACAGCGCUUAAAAUCCUAUACAAUUAAUAAUGUAAAAAAGAAAAUAAUGUUAAUUAUGCAUAAUAGAAAUUCAAUUGCAAUGCCUAUAAUACAUACUUAA